AUGUCGCGCAGAAAACAAGGCAAACCGCAGCACUUGAGCAAGAGGGACUUCUCCCCUGCAGAGCCAGUAUCUGGAGCCGUGGUUCCCGCUGAAGAGUUGCUGGACUCUGGUUUGAGCGGUCACCCUCCUCUGGGCUCCGUGCUGUCCCGCCUGGCGCGCCUGGAGGUCCCCUCGCCCGAGCAGGACCUGCUCACCUGCGGACAGUGUCAGGCUACGUUCCCAUUGGCCGACAUCAUCCUCUUCAUCGACCAUAAAAGGAAGCGAUGCCGCGGUCCUUCCUGUCUGAGCGCGGGUGGGCGGGGCCUGGACAAACCGCCGUCGCCCUCCCCCGCCCUGGCGCUCACCCCCUCCCCCGCGGUGCUGAGGGGGCGGCGGCCUGUGGAGGUGGGCGUUCAGGCCUCUCUCGCCGAAGGACACGAAGACAAGAUGGUGUCUCCCCGAGGAAUCUGCCCCAAACUGGAGCCGCUGCCAGGGAAGGAGGAGCCGACCACCUACACCUGCACCACCUGUAAACAGGCCUAUGGCAGCGCCUGGUUCCUCCUGCAGCACGCCCAGCACAGCCACGGCUUCCGGAUCUACCUGGACUCGGAGCUGGGCAGCCCCCUCACGCCGCGCAUGGGGGGUCCCUCUUCUUUGGGCGGAGGAGCGGACUGUCCCUCCCAACCGCCCCUCCACGGCCUCCACCUGCCUCCAGACGCCAGCCCCUUCAACCUGCUGCGCAUCCCGGGCUCGGGCUCCGGGGGCAGGGACAGCGUCGGGACAGUGGGGGGCGCUAGCAUUGGUGCAGCGACGGGAGGGCAUCAUCAGCGAUUCCCUCCCACUCCUCCGCUCUUCAGCCCGCCUCCGAGAAACCACCUGGAGCCGCACCAUCUGAGCCCAGAGGAGCUAGCUUUGGCUGCCCACCAUCCGAGUGCCUUCGAUCGGGUGCUGCGUCUCAAUCCUCCCCUUCCCCUGGACCCUCCUCCCUCCAUGGACUUCUCCAGGCGGCUACGCGAGCUAGCGGGCAACAGCUCGGCGCCCUCUCCUCCGCUGUCCCCGAGUCGGCCCAGUCCAAUGCAGCGUCUCCUCCAGCCUUUCCAAACGGCAGGUAAUGGAGGGAGUGUAACCGGAGCCAGCAAACCGCCCUAUCUCGCAACCCCACCUCCUAUCCCCAACUCCAUGCAGUCUCCAGUGGGAUCGCAAACCACUCCAACCACUCCCGUACCGUCCUCUGGAGCUAGUAACUCUGCCAGCGCCAACAUGAAGACGAAAUGUUGCGAAUUCUGCGGAAAGUCCUUCAAGUUCCAAAGCAAUCUGAUCGUGCAUCGCCGAAGCCAUACGGGAGAGAAGCCGUACAAGUGCCACCUGUGUGACCACGCCUGCACACAAGCGAGCAAACUGAAGCGCCACAUGAAGACACACCUGCACAAGUCCUCCUCGUCUCCCAACGCCGCCAAAUCCGAAGACGGGCUGUCCACCGCGUCCUCGCCGGAACCGGGGACCAGCGAACACAUGGCCAGCAACGCCCUCAAAUCCGUGGUGGCCAAAUUGAAAAGUGAAAACGGCCGUCUGCUUCGGGAAAACGGAGAGGAGGAGGAGGAUGAGGAGGAGGAGGAAGAAGAGGAGGAGGAGGAAGAAGAGGAGGAAGAAGAGGAGGAAGAGGAAAUGGAGGUGACCCAAAACGGCGAACGUAUGGAGAGACGCAACAACAGCUUCCACUUUAGCUUGAAUCUGGACGGGAGGCCUCACGAAAACAACGGGAGCAUCGGGAAUCGUUUGGAAGAGUCGGCCAUUCCGAGGUCGCUGCCGGAGGUGAUGCAAGGGAUGGGGUUAGCGGCCAGCAUGCAGCAUUUCAGCGAAGCUUUGAGCGCGCACAAACGGAAUGCACUUGCCCAAGAAAAUCACCUAAACCACCACCAUCUGAACCGCGACCAUCACCACCUCCUCCAGAGAGACUUGUGCGACGCAGAAUCCAUUUUGGAAAACGAACGCGGAGACGAGAUGGCGACUGUUAACGGAAGAGGAGCGUCUCCAAACGAGUCCGCUUCGGUUGGAAUCUCCAAGAAACUGCUGUUGGGGAGUCCUAGCCCGCUCAGCCCCUUUUCCAAGCGCAUAAAACUGGAGAAAGAGUUUGACAUUCCCACUCCUACUAUCCCAAACACGGAAAACGUCUACUCGCAGUGGCUGGCCGGAUACGCUGCUUCACGACAACUCAAGGACCCUUUUCUAAACUUCGGGGACUCUAGACAAUCGCCAUUUGCUUCUUCGUCGGAGCAUUCGUCUGAAAACGGCAGCCUGCGCUUCUCCACUCCCCCGGGUGAGCUGGACGGAGGUCUGUCCGGCCGGAGCGGCACGGGGAGCGGGGGGAGCACGCCGCAUUUAGGGGGUCCCGGCAGGCCCAGUUCCAAGGACGGGCGACGGAGCGAUACUUGUGAGUACUGUGGCAAAGUAUUCAAGAACUGCAGUAAUCUGACAGUACACCGGCGCAGCCACACGGGGGAGCGGCCGUACAAAUGUGAGCUGUGUAACUAUGCCUGCGCCCAGAGCUCCAAACUCACACGACACAUGAAGACACACGGGCAGGUGGGCAAGGACGUGUACAAGUGCGAAAUAUGCCAGAUGCCCUUCAGCGUCUACAGCACCUUGGAGAAACACAUGAAAAAGUGGCACAGUGACCGGCCGCUCAGUACCGAGAUUAAGUCGGAAUAA